CUGUAGCUAGGUAGUCCGCCAUUGCUGUGUGGGGAGAUCUACGUUAGAGCAACAUUGACAUUUGGUUGUCAACAACCAAUUACGGACCAGCGAGGAAGGUCUAGUGGAAGCUGUUCCACAAGUAUACAUCCCUGUACCUAACCAGAUAACAUUUUCAUGUAAAUACAGAACACACAGACGAAGUAACCAUGUCCAAUCUGAGCAAAGGCGGCACCAAAAAGGACACCAAGAUGAGAAUACGAGCCUUUCCUAUGACGAUGGACGAGAAGUAUGUCAACAACAUCUGGGACCUUCUGAAGAAUGCCAUCCAGGAGAUCCAGAGGAAGAACAACAGCGGGCUGAGCUUCGAGGAGCUCUACAGGAACGCCUACACCAUGGUGCUGCACAAACACGGCGAGAAGCUUUACACAGGCCUCCGGGAGGUGGUCACCGAGCACCUCAUCAACAAAGUACGGGAAGAUGUCCUCAACUCACUAAACAACAACUUCCUCCAAACACUGAACCAGGCCUGGAACGACCACCAGACGGCAAUGGUCAUGAUCAGAGACAUCCUCAUGUACAUGGACCGGGUGUACGUGCAGCAGAACAACGUGGAGAAUGUCUACAACCUGGGCCUGAUCAUCUUCAGAGACCAGGUGGUGCGCUACGGCUGCAUCCGAGACCACCUCCGACAGACCCUCCUGGACAUGAUCGCACGAGAGAGGAAGGGCGAGGUGGUGGACAGGGGGGCGAUCAGAAAUGCCUGCCAGAUGUUAAUGAUCUUAGGACUCGAAGGGAGGUCGGUUUACGAAGAGGACUUUGAGGCCCCGUUUUUAGAAAUGUCUGCAGAGUUCUUCCAGAUGGAAAGUCAAAAGUUUUUGGCAGAGAACAGCGCGAGCGUGUACAUAAAGAAAGUGGAGGCGCGGAUAAACGAGGAGAUCGAGCGCGUGCUGCACUGCCUGGACAAGACGACGGAAGAGCCCAUCGUCAAGGUGGUGGAGAGGGAGCUCAUCUCCAAGCACAUGAAGACCAUCGUGGAAAUGGAGAACUCGGGCCUCGUCCACAUGCUCAAGAACGGAAAGACAGAGGACCUGGCGUGUAUGUAUAAGCUCUUUAGCAGAGUGCCAAACGGACUGAAGACAAUGUGUGAGUGCAUGAGCUCCUACCUCCGCGAGCAGGGCAAGGCGCUGGUGUCAGAGGAGGGCGAGGGCAAAAACCCUGUAGAUUACAUCCAGGGUCUGUUGGAUCUGAAGUCACGUUUCGACCGCUUCCUCCAAGAGUCGUUCAACAAUGACCGGCUCUUCAAGCAGACCAUCGCAGGGGACUUUGAAUACUUCCUCAACCUCAACUCGCGCUCCCCCGAGUACCUCUCCUUGUUCAUUGACGACAAGCUGAAGAAAGGCGUAAAAGGAUUGACGGAGCAAGAGGUGGAGUCGAUCCUGGACAAGGCCAUGGUGCUCUUCAGGUUCAUGCAGGAGAAGGAUGUGUUUGAGCGGUACUACAAACAGCACCUGGCCAGGAGGCUGCUCACCAACAAGAGCGUCUCGGACGACUCGGAGAAGAACAUGAUCUCUAAGCUCAAGACGGAGUGUGGUUGCCAGUUCACCUCUAAACUGGAAGGCAUGUUCCGGGACAUGAGCAUCUCAAACACAACCAUGGACGAGUUCCGCCAACACCUACAGUCAACGGCGGUGUCGUUGGGCGGAGUUGAUCUCACAGUGAGGGUCUUGACGACGGGUUACUGGCCAACGCAGUCCGCCACACCCAAAUGUAAUAUCCCCCCUUCUCCUCGACAUGCAUUUGAAGUCUUUAGAAGGUUUUAUCUGGCCAAGCACAGCGGCAGGCAGCUUACGUUGCAGCAUCACAUGGGCUCUGCAGACCUCAACGCCACCUUCUACGGCACAAUCAAAAAGGAGGACGGCUCAGAGGUGGGGGUGGGCGGCGCCCAGGUAACAGGCUCCAACACCAGGAAGCACAUACUGCAGGUGUCCACCUUCCAGAUGACAAUACUAAUGCUCUUCAACAACCGGGAGAAGUCUUUGUUUGAGGAGAUCCAGCAGGAGACAGACAUCCCGGAGAGGGAGCUGGUGCGUGCGCUGCAGUCACUGGCCUGCGGGAAGCCCACCCAACGCGUCCUCACCAAGGAGCCCAAGUCCAAGGAGAUCGAGAACGGCCACGUGUUCACCGUUAAUGACCAGUUCACCUCCAAGCUGCACCGCGUCAAGAUCCAGACAGUCGCUGCUAAGCAAGGAGAGUCGGACCCGGAGAGGAAGGAGACGCGGCAGAAAGUGGACGACGACAGGAAGCACGAGAUUGAGGCGGCCAUCGUCCGCAUCAUGAAGUCUAGAAAGAAGAUGCAGCAUAACGUACUAGUAGCAGAGGUCACCCAGCAGCUGCGAUCGCGAUUCCUCCCCAGUCCUGUAGUCAUCAAGAAGCGCAUUGAAGGACUCAUUGAGCGGGAAUAUUUGGCGCGGACACCAGAGGAUCGCAAAGUGUACACUUAUGUAGCAUAAAGGCGUGAAUUCCAUGAAACCUGACACAAAAAGAAACGAUACCUUUUUUUCUGGGACGGGUUAUGCGUAUGAAUUUGAAAGUUUGUCUCAUACUGGGAAACACUGGGAAGCUUACUUUUCUUCCAUUGAAAAAAAAAAUGCAUUUAAAGACUUUUUUUUCUCAUAUCUUUUAGAUUUCUUCUGCAGAGAAGAGCUAAAUGGAGGGAUUGGAUCUCGCUUUGUUACAGUUUCAUGUUCCUAAUGUGGCCUUGGGAAGAAUUGGGGGGAGAGUGUGAAUGCAUCGAGUGUACUGCAUUCAAACCCAAUAUAACAAAAGGAAAAGAAAACGAGCAUACAAAAAAUAAUACAAAACAUAUACCAAGCAAAUGUGGGUUGGCUACACGAAGACCAAGAAAAUAUUUGACAUUUCUCACGUUUUUUAAAUGUUGAUGUAAAUGUAUUAUGUUUGUUUUUUCGUGGCAUCAUGCUGGUUGUACACUAUUAGACACUAUUGGCCUUUUUUCCUUCUAAGGUUUUAAUCAGAGAAGAGGAAGACAUGGAUGUAGUGGCUGGUUUGCAGAAAACAGGAGCAGUUGCUUUGAUAGCAUGUUUUGUUUUAUGGAGUGGUGGGAGAAGUCACAUGCUCUAUUCAAGUUUUUUUUAAAGUUUUUUUCAAUGGGGCCUAUUGUAAAAUUGGAUCAUCAGCCCAGAAAAUAUUUAUCCUUGGAAUUGUAGGUUCCUCCCUAUGCAGAUCACAAAGGGGAAGUACAUUUUUUUUCUUUACUGCAUUUCAAUUGGAACCAAUUUAGCACCAUGUUUUAAUGUGUAUAAAUUGUAAAAUAAUUAUUGUACUCACUAAAGUGGACUGUACAGGGCCUAGUUUUCAUCAUAUUAAAUGUAGAAAAAGAAAAUGUACAUCGAAGGGAAUUUUGCCUCCCUGUUUUACGACUCUGUGCCUUGUGUAUUCCUCUCUGAGAGCAGAGAGAAAGCCACAGUAAAUUGUACAGUGAAAUACAGUAUCUGCGCCUCUGACCAUAAUUAAAGCGUAAUGCAUAGAGGGAACCAUAGUCAAACUGUUAAGCAUCUUAGAAGAGGAACUCAAUAACUAUUUGUAUUGCUUUCAAACAGUGGUAGCCAACUUUGAGUCACUGCAUUUGCUUUAGAACAAUGUUUCUUGCUGAAUCACCUUCAAGUGUAUUUUAUUUCUCAGUGUUCAAUGAAAUUGUUUAAGGCCACUUUACAUGGGUUCAAUGGAUGAAUAUGCAUCUCACUAAUACAGCUGCUAUGACAAUUUAA